ACAGAAAGUUGAUGAGUUGCAAAGCGAAAGUAAAAAACGCUGUAAGCACGUUCCUGUGUUGUAACUUGUAUUAUAACUAUACAAAUGAAAUGGAAGCAGUACGGUUACCACAGAAGAAAUACUAUAGACAGAGAGCCCACUCAAAUCCUAUGACAGACCAUAAUUUUGACGUCCCAGUGAAGCCCGAAGAAAUGGAUUGGUGUGAGCAUUACCCAGAUUUUUUUAAUCCUGGUCAGAAGAUUACAGACUGCAGUCACAGAGUGGAAUUUGCAGACAUUGGGUGUGGAUAUGGUGGCCUGUUAGUGUCGUUGUCGCCAAUAUUUCCUUCCACUCUGAUGCUUGGGAUUGAAAUUCGAGUGAAGGUGCUAGACUAUGUAAAGGAUAGAAUCGAAGCCCUUAGAGCUCAAAAUCCCGGGCAGUAUACCAACAUUUCCUGCAUCCGAUCCAACGCCAUGAAGUAUCUUCCAAAUUUCUUCCAGAAAGGACAGCUGUCGAAGAUGUUCUUUCUUUUUCCUGACCCACACUUCAAAAAGACGAAACACAAAUGGAGAAUUAUCAGUCAAAGCCUUUUAGCGGAGUAUGCAUACGUCAUACGAGUAGGGGGUCUAGUGUACACAAUCACUGACGUCAAAGAUCUUCACGACUGGAUGACUUCCCAUUUCGACCAGUUUCCAUUGUUUCAAAGAGUUACUGGUGAUGAGUUGGAUGAUGAUCCGGUUGUUUCCAAAUUGUACGAGAGCACGGAGGAAGGAAAGAAGGUCACGAGAAAUAAGGGGGACAAGCAUCUGGCCGUUUACCGGAGAAUAGAGGAUCCCUCCCUUUCUAAUUCAUCCAUUUCUCAUGCAAUAUCUUGACAUGACUUCGGGUCUUUGGCAAUAAAUAAUUCUUUUAUUA